CAAAAAAAUUUAAAACCAUAAACAUAGAAGAAAAUGAUUAUAUUAAGAAAGUUGGAAUAAAGACACUUUCAAAGUAAAACUAUAUAAUUAAUUAACAUGGACAACUACCUUAUGACAACCUUACCAUAUUGGUCACAGGCAAUCAAUAAAAAAGAAAAUAUGCAAAACCUUGGAGAAAGGAAAGAAAACAACAAAAAGAGUGAGUGAAAUAGUAAAAAAAAGUGAAAAGCACAUCAACCCCAAGGCUUAAAAAAAUUAUUCAGUCUUUAUAAAAACAAAGAGUGGAGAGAUGGGUAUGGACAUAAAGGAUCUCUCAUACGGCACAAUCUCUUUCCUUCAUGUGACUCCCUGCUGCCGCCAGCACCACCACCGUCACCACCAUCACCGUCACCAACCAAUCAAAUGUCUUAUUCUUCCUCUUCUCCUCCUCCCUUUUUCUUCUUCAUUCUUCUUUUGCUUCCUUUCCUUCUUCAGAUCUCUUGUGCAACCCACGAAGAUGAGUUGCUAGACAUUCAAGUAGAUCCAAGUUUCAAGUUUGAAAACCCAAGACUUGGCCAAGCCUACAUUGCUUUACAAGCAUUGAAACAAUCCAUUUUCUCUGACCCUUUUAACUUCACAACCAAUUGGAAAGGCCCAAAUGUUUGUUCUUACAUGGGUGUUUUUUGUGCACCUUCUCCUAGUAAUCCCAAGAUAAGAGUUGUUGCUGGCAUUGACCUUAAUCAUGCUGAUAUUGCUGGCUAUCUCCCACCUGAGCUUGGUCUGUUGACAGAUCUAGCACUUUUCCAUCUCAACUCCAACAGAUUUUGUGGUGUGGUUCCUGCCACUUUCCGGAAACUCAAGCUCCUUCAUGAGCUUGACCUCAGCAACAAUCGUUUUGUCGGUAAAUUUCCCAAGGUCCUUCUUUCCUUGCCUUCUCUCAAGUACCUGGAUCUACGUUUCAAUGAGUUUGAAGGGUCCGUUCCUUCUAAUCUCUUUGAUCGUCCUCUGGAUGCUAUUUUCCUGAACGACAAUAGAUUCCAGUUUGGCAUUCCUGAAAAUCUUGGCAACUCUCCAGUUUCUGUUCUUGUUCUUGCAAACAACAAUCUUGGUGGGUGCAUUCCAGGGAGCAUUGGCAACAUGGGUAAGACUCUUAAUGAGAUCAUUCUGAUGAAUGAUAAUCUCACUGGUUGCUUGCCUCCUGAAAUUGGGUUGCUCAAAGAGCUGACAGUUUUUGAUGUUAGCUUUAACAAUCUCCAGGGCUCAUUGCCUUCUUCUAUUGGUAACAUGAAGAAGGUGGAACAGCUUGAUAUUGCACACAACAGCUUUACAGGUGUUGUACCUGCAAGCAUAUGCCAGUUGCCAAGUUUGCAAAACUUUACCUAUUCUUUCAAUUAUUUCACUGGCGAAGCCCCAAGCUGCGCUGCUAUUGGAGGCAGCAGGGUCCUUACAAAAGGUACCAAGAACUGCAUUCCUGGAAAGAUGGAUCAAAGAUCUGCUAAAGAGUGUUCUUCAGAAAAAGCUCGUCCUGUCAACUGCAGUAAGUUCAAAUGUGGUGGAAGUUCUGGCGGCGGGGGCGGCGGUGGAGGUAGUGGUAGUGGCUCAUCUCCUUCGCCAAGGAGAAAACCUCGACCAGUUGGGAAUCCACCAUCACCCAAACUAGCACCUCCUAGAAGGCCAUUUGUUAAGCCUUCACCUCCACCACCACCCACUUCAAAAUCUUCGCCUUCUACAAGAUCACAUCCCCCCCCACCACCACCACAGACACCAGCAAAGUCUUACCAUCCACCACCUUCUCCACCGCCACCGCCGACUAAAAGGGUAUCGCCCAAAACACAUCUUCCUCCACCCCCACCACCACCUCCAGUAGUCGAGCAGUCACCACCUCCACCCGCUCAUUACCAUUCUUAUGCUCCACCUCCACCUACUAAAAAAGUUUCACCAAGUACGCAUCAUGCUCCACCUCCACCACCACCUGUUGACUACACUCCUACACCUAAACAUUCACCUCCACCACCGGUUGAGUACACUCCCUCUCCUCCUAAACAUUCAUCUCCACCGCCUGUUGAGUACUAUCCACCUCCGUAUCAACACCAAACAUCACCACCACCACCACCACCAGUUCAGUACCAAUCACCUCCUUAUCAUCAUAAACCACCACCACCACCACCACCUAUUGAGUACCAGUCACCUCCUUAUCAACACAAAACAUCACCACCACCACCACCUGGUUAUGACACUUACUCCUCGCCACCACCUCCACCAAAGAAUGAAUACGCACACUCUCCUCCUCCAACUCAUGGGCAUUACCCACCAAAAAGAGAAAGUCCACCUCCACCGAAGAAUGAAUACACACACUCUCCUCCUCCAACUCAUGGGCAUUACCCACCAAAAAGAGAAAGUCCACCUCCACCUCCACCUCCACCUCCACAAGAGCCAUUCCAUCCCCUCCCAUCUCCGCCACCAACUGGGUGCAUAACAACUCCACCAUCUCCACCAUCAUCCACACCAAGCUAUCACCACUCGCCGUCACCUCCACCUCCACCUCCACAACAACAUUGGCAUUAUCCAACACCACCCUCUUAUUCUCAUCACCAAAGUCCCCCACCCCCACCCCCACUAUCCCCAUUUCCGUCACCACCACCACCAGCCGAUAACACUCCACUUCCACCAAUUGUAGGAGUAUCAUACGCGUCUCCUCCUCCUCCAACAAUUCCAUACUACUAGAACCAAGCCAUUACUAUUAUGUAAUGAUGUCAUUCAUCGGCUUCUUAUUUAAGAAAUUGAGAAUUCUUUUGCCGCUGCAACAAUGAGGACUGAUUCCAAUAUUGUGUGUUUUCUUUUUUCUUUUUUUCAAAGCAUUAUUUAUUUUUCCAUUUUCUGAUGAGAAGUUUAAUCUAUAGCAAUAAUUUAAUUAUAUAGUUCCAUUUCUGUUUAUUACAUCAAAAUUUGUAUUCUUAUAUAUCAUCUCAUAUGUAUGUAUGAAUGUAUCACUUCUGUGGUGCUCUUGACUUGAGGCCUAAAACUUAGCUUUUUUAAUACAAGAAUUGUGUAUAAUUUGAUUUCUUUCA